AGACAUCAUGGCGUGGAUGUAGGGGAGUUCACCCACUUUAGCCAUGGAUUUGUGACAAACUAUUUCUAUUCCAAAUGAUGUACCUUUUUAAUGUGAAGCGACCAGCGGUGGGCAUUAUAUAAAGCCCACCGCAGGUACAUAGUCACCAGGGGAGGUCUGCGUGGUCAAGGUAACAAUAGACCGUGACCAAUAUCAAAGUGACCGGCAUCUGGUCGAUGGAAGAAGAUAAAAGAGUUUCACAAGAGAACAACACCUCUGGUGAAUUGGAGAAAUCAGCAACUGAGUAUAAACCAUACUUAAACCCAAACGUUGAAUCUAACUUAAGCACAGUAGAAGGACCUUCAGUUUCUAAACUAGAACCUUUUAGCAAGUUUAACAGCGGAUUAACCUCUAGAGAUUCACCGUUAGUAUCUGUACCAUCACCAUUUUGGAAACAGAAAAACAAUUGUGAUUCCGUAAAUCAACUGACUGAAGAUUCCAGCUCUAAUUUAUCCUUAUCAAAUUCAGACUCGUUUUCAUAUUCAUCUAAAAACUUUUACACUAAACAUAAUGAUCAAACACCAUCAUCUAUUUGUAAAACUUCCCCGGCUAAUUCAUUAGUGAAUGAGUUAGUUAUAUCAUCAUCAUCACUGCACACUCAACUUUGCCAUUACAAUCGGAAAUAUGGACCUGGAGAAGGGAACUCAUUUAAUUUGGACAGUGCAUCAAAUUUAGGAGGCACUGACGAAUUUGGUACAUCUUAUUUACUACCUCAAACAUCAGGAUUUUCAAGCAGUUCUGUCAGGGGACUGGUCACUGAUUUAAAGCGAAGUAGGGGCAGGCCAAGGAAAGACGGAUUAAAUCCAGUAGCAAAAAGACCAAGUACUCGAGUUUUAGAUAGAACUGUUGGUCGUGGUCUGAGAAGGAGCGUAGGCAGAAGUAUUGGUAGGAGUUUAGGGAGAGGAAGUAGAGGAGGCAGAAGGGGCAGAUCACCCAUUUCACAUAGUUUGCCAGAUAGAGAAUCACAGAGACAUUUUUUGCCACCAUUGGAUUUUGAACCAGUGAAGUCACCUUCGCGUACACCUGACAUACUGCCUUCUGCUGGAAUGGCAGACUUUUUAAAGCAGCCAACAAAUGUUACCUCAGCAUUAACUGCUGAUGGCUCUAACAGUGGAGAGGGAUUAUCUCCGAUUCAGAGUGGAUCUGGAAGUAAUACCAAUCAGGAGCCUGCUACUCCUGAAAUUUCUGAACACUUAUGUUCUCUAUGCAAUUGUGGAGAGAGAAGCUUGUUGGGUCAGGGAGAAAUUAUGAGGUUUGACCCAUCGUCAGAAUUUGAUGUUUUCAAAUUACCUGAACCAAGGACAGUGCGUGAUAAUGAUGAUGUUGAUCCAGGUGGAAAGAGCAAAGGGCCUCAGCCUUCAACAUGGCGUCGUUGUAGGGGCUCCGUGAAGACAGGAAGAGAGAGAAGCCGCUCUCCCAGACAAGGUCAAGGUGAAGAAGAAUCAGUUGGUUGUCAAAUAAAUGACGAAUUGGCUUUAGUUGGCUUUCAUGACGAUGUAGAAGUUUCACAGCUGUUUGAGCCAACAGGUCAUCUCUGGGCUCAUCGCUGUUGUGCAAUGUGGUCAGAAGGAGUGACCCUGGUCGAUGUAGAUAAAACAGUAACCUUUCAGGAUGUAGAUAAAACAGUUUAUAAUGCCCUUUCACAGAGAUGUUCACAUUGUAGAAAAUAUGGAGCCACAAUUGUGUGCUGUAUACCUGAAUGUGGGAAAAGAUUUCAUUUCCCGUGUGCCUCUGCUGGUGGAUGCUUUCAGGAUUUGAUAACCUUGUCCUUAUUGUGCCCUGAACACAUAGAUCAGGCUGAAGCUAUUGCUGGUAAUGCUGCAGCCUGCAUACAGUGUAAUGAGGUUGGAAGUUUAAAAGAUCAGCUGUUUUGCACAACUUGUGGUUACCAUUUCCAUGGCAACUGCUUGUGUCCACCUGUUGAUAUGAAACCUAUUGUACGAGCUGGUUGGCAGUGUCCUAAUUGUAAAAUAUGCCAAACAUGUCGCACUGCAAGUGAUGAUAGUAAAAUGUUAGUUUGUGAUAAAUGUGAUAAAGGAUACCACACUUUCUGCCUCAAACCAGCAAUGACAACUAUACCAAAAAACGGCUGGAAAUGCAUGAAUUGUCGAAUAUGCACGGAUUGUGGAUCCAGAACACCUGGCAGUGGACCUUCCUCUCGCUGGCAUCUUAACUAUUCAGUUUGUGACUCCUGUUAUCAGCAAAGAAACAAGGGUCUAUGCUGUCCUCUAUGUGGGAAAGCUUAUAGACACUUUCAUAAUAAUAAAACAAUGCUUCCCUGCGUUAGAUGUAAAAAAUUUGUGCAUAUUGAGUGUGAUCCUACUCUGAAUCCUAAUAUGAGCAAGUUAAAAGAUUUACCUCAGGACUAUGUUUGCACUGUUUGUCGUGAGACGGAUCCUGAUACUGUGAUGGAUAUUGAUUUACAAAAUCCAACUCUUCAUCAAAUUGCAUCUGAAGAGUCUAUGGAAAGCUUUAUGACUGACGACACUGUUCUUAAGGAUGACCCAAUGUUGACAGAUGCAGCUAUCUCUGGUGCUAGUGCCAGUGGUAUACACAGCAGUGAAAUUCUCACAGCAUCGAGCUCUCAAGAAUCUCUGUUUUUGUACGAUGAUUCCAGUUCUAGUUUUGAUAUUGAGACCACUUCAGAAAAGGGGAUUUUAUCACCUAUUUCAAGACGAAAUUCAUUUGAAUUUUCAAAGAAAAGCCGUCAAAAGAGUAAGCAUGGUUCAGAAAAGCAUCAUCAUCGGCAACAGCAGCAGCAUCAACUACAGCCACCACCACCUCAGCAGCCAAGUUUAACUGAAAAAAGACGAGGUCCAAAAAUCAAAGUGAAAAUUGGUGGACAAAUUAUUAGUCAAAUCUCUAUUGAGGCCAGUAGUCCCCAGUCAGUAUUCACUGUAAGCUCUCCUGCUUAUUCUGCUCAAUCUAUGGAUGGACAAAGUGAAGAAAAAGAAAAGGAAAAAGACAAAGAUGAUGACGAUGAUGAUGGAGAUGAUCAUCCGUCUACUCUUAUUCUAGCAGAUUCAUCUGACAUGUUUAUUAUGGAUCAGGAUAUGUGUAAAGCUUGUGGAUCCUUUGGUAAAGGGGAAGAAUCAAAGAUGAUUGUUUGUACUCAAUGUGGCCAGUGUUAUCACCCCUAUUGUGUUUCUGUGACAGUAACCAAAGUGAUGCUUCAGAAAGGCUGGCGCUGCUUAGAUUGUACAGUUUGUGAGGGAUGUGGAGGGCCUUAUGAUGAAGGUCGCCUGCUCCUGUGUGAUGACUGUGAUAUCAGCUACCAUACCUAUUGUCUCGAUCCCCCUCUAGAAACAGUACCCAAGGGGAACUGGAAAUGCAAAUGGUGUGUCCAGUGUGUAAACUGCGGCACUACUUCCCCUGGGUUUGCUUGUCAGUGGAUGAACAACUACACACAGUGUGGGCCCUGCCACAGCAAGAUGUUCUGUCCAGUGUGUUUAGACAGCUACCUCAUAGACCAGCUCAUCAUUCAGUGUCAACAAUGUGAUAGAUGGUUACAUUGUGAAUGUGAUGGAUUAAGUGGUGAAGAAGAUGCAGAAAUAGCUGCGGACUAUGGGUACCACUGUUACUUCUGUAGACCAAAAACUGGAAAAGAUGGCCCAUUGCCGCCACCUCCACCACCGCCAUCUCCUCCUAAAGAAGAACGUGCCCCAACACCGCCAGCUCUUUCAUAUACUCAACCAACUCCUGAACCACCUCGCCAGUUUUUUGUUGAUGGUGUUUACUUGUUUGCAAGUGGACUUCACCAAAUUAAACAACGGCUGCAGGUGACAAAUCCUAAGAAGUUCAAACAACCGCCUAGGAGAACUUCACUUCAACUGUGUGUUUCAGAACUAGAAGACCCAGAGGAUGCUCCAUCAGUUUCUGGUACCUCGGGAGAAGUGAUGGACCAAGCAGCUCAAGAUGAAGUAGGAGAGGAUGGAGUUAAGAAACGAAAACCCAGAAGAGUUUUUGGUUUAGGUGUUGGAGGUUUUAUUGUGCGUCAGAGAUCAAGACAAUGGCUGGCAAAGCGACAGGCCUCAUAUGAAGAACAAGAUGACCCAGAGAAGGCUGCUGAGCAAGCAGGUGAAAAAGCAGAUAAACCAAAACGCAGAAGGAAAGUGAAAAAAUCUAAAUUAGAGGAAGCUUUUCCUUUCUACAUGCAGGAAGCUUUUUUUGGGAAAGGUGUAUUGGAUCAAACUAAAGAAUCUACUAAAGGGCUUUUAAAGACAGAAUCUGAUUCGGACCAAGAAAGACUCAGUCCUGUGAAAAUGUUACCUGUUGCAGACGUGCCUAGUGUGAAACCAAUUAGUGGAGAUAUUGAACCUGCCACUGUUCCAGGCACAUCUUCCACCUCCCUACCUCGACGUGACACUUCCAUAUCUGGCUCUGAACACAGUGAAGAUAUUUCUGGUUUAGAUGAUAUUUUACAUGAUUUCCCAGAAGAUGAAGAUAUUUUAAGUCUUUUACGGGACGAAUUAAAGGAUGAAGUUGUUCCACUUGGUGGGAUGGAGACUGUUACUAGUAAAGAUCCAGGGGCCAGCAAAUCCAGUGAACUCCCUGAUAAUAUUGCAAAUAUGUUGGAUAAAGAUUUAGAUGUGGAACAUAUUAUUUCUGAAGGGCUAGUUCACUUUGACAGUAAAACAGUGGAGGAUAUUUUUUCUAAUGUUCUGUCAAAUCAACCUGGAGAUUCUAACUCUCAUCCUGGUCAAUUUGGCAUGUCUCUACCUCCUGGAAUUCCAGGCUCCAGCUCUAGACCAACGCCAGGAUCAGGCCAUCACCCACCCUCACAUUCUCCCAUGUCCCCCACACAAGUCCCAGGGAUGAGGGGCUCAAUGUGUCCACCAGGCUUGCCUCCACCAGGCUUGCCUCCAUUUCAGAUGCCAUACAGUAAUCCAGUCUUUCAAUCUCAAGUUGGCCAAAAUUUUGAUAAUUUGGGCUCACAAGGACAGCCUGGGCCAUCAGUAUCGAUUCCAUCUGGAUCAUCAGGGUCCAUUCCACCUUGGGGAAUGAUGGACGACGAUACUGGGGACAGUAACAAGAGGACCAUUUUAAAGUGGGAGCAAGAAGAAGAUAUGGGUGAUCAGGCCACUAUAUCUUGUGUUCUUUAUGUGAAUAUGUGUCACCCUGAUCUCAAACAUAGAUAUCCAGAUUGGUCAGAAAGAUCUAAACAAAUUGCUAAACUAUGGAGGAGACUUACACCAGAUGAAAAAGCUCCAUACUUGUCGAAGGCUAGAAAAAACAGAACCAGCAGUCGUGUUCAGAAAGCUCAGAAAAAAAAAGCUGCCCUAAAGUCCAAAAAUCAGGUUACUCAAGAGCUACAAAGGCGACAAGAAAUCCAAAAGCAACAAGACAGCGAAGCUAUGCCCCCACCUCCUGCACCCCCACCACUCCCACCUGGUGAACAUUACAUUGAUGGCUCAAGUCCUGUGAUGAGUCCUCACCCAAAUGCAACCCAUUUUCCUCGUCUCUCUUGGCCAGAAGAAACCAAACCACCUGGCACCCCAAUACCACCUGACCAUCCGGGCUCCCAGUGUGACCAGGCCUUUCCAUCACCCACCCAGAACGUCAUCCCUCAAGACCAGUAUGCCUACACGUCACCGACCCAGUCUGACCCCUUUUCACCAACACAGCCCAGGUCCGUUGUCCGAACACCUCAGAGGCUGCCUGGCGUACAGGCUUUUGGUACUUCAAGCCCCAGGGAGGAUGAAGGGAUUUUUACUGCUCCUGGUAUGGGGCCGCGUGUGCGACCUAGUUCUGAUAUGUUUGUCCAGGCACCUCCAGCGCCCAGUCAAGACAUGUUUAUGGGCGGUGUUAGACGAUUACCUGGCCCUCGCAUCAAUAUGCCAGUGACAGUCGAUGCCUCAAAUCCUUUGGGAGACUCAAAUCAGCCGAGGGUGUCUGUUGAUCCUUAUGCAUUUCCACCAAACACACCUCAGGCACCAGUGCAGCAAGACGAUUCUUUUAUGUCACCUGGGCCUUCAACACCUGAUCCCUUCCCACCAAAUCGACCAAGAGGAGAUAUGUAUCCGGGUGGUUCACCUCAGAUGAGACCUCCCCUCACACCAACAUCCAUGGGACCUGGAAUGGGUUCACCUUAUCCGGGGUCACCUGUGCGGCCUGAUCCAACAUUCAGACAUCCACUGGCAAGGUCAACUAGUCUACCGGAUCCUUACAGCAUGCCUGUUGGCACACCUAGACCACCACCAAUGGACCCAGCUAUGUCGCACUCCAUGUCAGAUGACAAUGUGCAAAUGUACAGAGGCAGGAUGCCACCUAUGCAAAUCCCAGAGCAUCAGAGGCCAAUUGAGGCGGCCCUCAGGCGUAACAAACUAUUACCACGGUCGCCAUGGGCUUUUCCUUUCAUGCUUAACUACCCGGAUGGUGGGGAAAACCCUGGGAACAUUCAUCACCAGCAGCUUCGAGAAAUCCUAGGCCAACAAACUAAACAAAGAAUGGCUAAAAAACAAGAAGCUGAGAGGCAGAUGACUGGACCAUCGCCUGGGUGGGCAGAUGGAACAGAUAAUAUGGAAGGAUUUCCUCCACGUCCACCUUUUCAUGCACCUCCACCUCAAGGUUUCAUGAGAGGGCCUCAUCCUCCCAUGAAUCCUCAAGCUCAGCGUCCACCUUUCUACCCAGGAUUUGUUCCAAGAGCGCCACUUCCUGAGCAAUAUGGUGGAUCUCCACAGGAAGGGAUGAUGUCUGAGCGUAACCAGUAUAUGCAAAUAAUGCAGGAAAGAAUGGCGGCAAAUUCCAGUCAACCCCCCACACCGAUUCCCAACUCUCCCCACAUGAGUGUCAGCCUGCCUCCAUUCUCAUCUCCACAACAGCAGCUACAGUCGCCUUCAUCUCUCACAUCUGCUGCUGUGGCUCCGGAGCCACAUCCAGUCUUACCAAGACUACUACCUGGUACAUCUCAAGGAGCUGACGAUGAGCUAUUUUCAGGUACUGAAAGCCCUCAAGCCAGCAGCUCGAAGACAGCAGUUGCUGAAGAUGCCAGCGUUGUUGAAUCAGACACAGACAUGCUAGAGGGCAUCAAUGAAAAAACUGCCAAACCGUCUAUUUCAUCUGAAGAAGAUAAAAAUGAAGACGAUGAUCUGCUUAGUGCUGAUGGAACAUUUGACAUAUUAAAAUAUGCUGACCCAGAUCUUGAUCUAGAUCUGGAUGAUAAAAUGUUUGAACAACUUGACUUCAUUGAAGAGAAUCAAGGCAGUGAGAACAAGAAGUCUGAUGAAGAGAAAUCUGAUGAUGUGAAAGAUGAAGUCAAGGAAGAAAAAGAAACAGAUGCCAUCAAGGCUAGACCUGACUUCCAAGCUCAGUUUUUGGAAUUCAACCAGAGGCAGAAGUCUGAAAUGAAGAAAGAAAAAGAAGAUGGGGACGCUGCUAAGGCAGCAGAAGAGAAAGAAAAAACCGAAGUGGGUCAGAUAGCUGCAAAACUGUUGCAAGGGGCUGAAACUAUGACUUCCAGACUGGCCAGUGGUGACCCAAACACAUCCGACAUCAAACCUACAGGGCUGGAAACUGGUGGUAUUGGUCUACCACGCACACCAUUUCUACCCAACUUGUCAUCUCCCCAUAUGCAAAUGUCCCCAUCCCAACUCCCUCCCCAGCCCACUUCUUCUGGUCUUCCAUCUCCCAAGAUUAUGCACUCACCAAGAAGUGGUCAGCCUUCUCCCCGCACUCCUGGCAUACAGUCCCCAUUCAAUGCCAUCUUAAGUGGCAGACAUUCGGCAUCACCACAUAGCCAACCAAUGACCCCUGGUGGAUCUCAGUUAUCCCCCUUCUCUACUGUAAACCAAAUACCUUUCAGCCCUCCUGCGUCAUCUGCAGCACAGCAGGGGUACGGCCAAGGUUCAGGGUCCGCGCCUCACUCACCAUACCCAACCUCAUCACAGCCUCCAUUUUCAAAUUUGUCACCUGCCCCGCCACACAUGGUCUACCCACCUGGCAACAUGGGUCCCAGGGGUCCUGGGUUUAACCAGAUGGGACACCCUGGAGGACCAAGAGGACCACCAAUGUAUGGUCAGCCACCUCAUGGAAUUAGACCUCAAGAUGGCCAGCAGGGCAGAUUUCCAAGACCUGAUGGUAUGGAACUUAUGGAGGGUAUGGGACCUAGAAUGCCACAGCCUAUGACAAUGCAAGAUGGCCGUCCUCAUCCAAUGUACCAGGGAAUGCCACCAAGAGGUAUGAGGGGCCCACCACCCCAGCCCACGUCCAACCAUCCAGGCAUGCAACAAAUGCCCCAUCCCCAAGCCAGGCAACAGUUUGCCGGUCAGCCUCAGAGACUUUCCCACCCACCUCAGGUACGAGUAAUGGGACCCCGACAGCCAGGACAAAAUUUCCCAGGUGGCCCUCCGCCUGGGGGCCCCCAGAGUCAGGCCCAGAGAGAGCAGCACACACUGCUGGAUGAGCUUUUGGAGCAGGAGAAAGAGGAACAGAAACGCCAGGCAGAACAGCAGGCCAUAAUACACAGGAGGGACUUAGGUGAACAGGGCAUGCCUAGCAUGAGUCCAGGCAUGUCUCCUGUGCCUGGCCCAUCACCCCACUCCAUGGGCGGGAUGCCUAUGAGGAUGGAGCACCCAGGUGUAAGAAUGUCAGGCCCACCUGAAGGCUGGUCCCCUGGUCCUGAGGGUGGUCCACCAGGUGGGCAGUUCCCACAAGGUUUCCCACCUAGAAUGAUGCAUCCUGGCAUGUCGCAGAGACCUCCUGUUCCCUUCCAAGGACCUCCUGAGAUCAGAGGACCAGGCCCUAGCAAUGCUGGACCCCCACCCCCUGGUCAGCAGGUGCCCAUGGUUCCCCCACAGCCUGUCAGCCCACCAUCAGGUGAAAUGGGACCUGAAUAUGAAAGACAUGCAUUGCAGUAUGAAGAAUGGCUGGCAAAACAAGCCAUUUACCUUGAAAAUCAGGUGAAAACUUUUGAGGGUCAAGUCAAUAAAUUGAAAAGAAGCAAAAAGACAAUACAAGCAAGACAGAGAUUGGCAAAGAAAAAUGGCCAAGAGUUAAAUCCUGCAGACACCGCAGAGCUAGAGAGAAUAAGUGGAGACCAAUCAGGUCUGCAGAAACAGCUGGAAGCUCAGCGCAAGCUUCUGCGACAGCACCAACACAUAAUGCAAGAUUAUAAAACAAAACAGCAGGAGCAGUUUGGUCGCAUGUGGACGGGCGGUCUGGCUGAAACAUCCAUGACUGGCUCCACCAUGCCCAUAACCCAUCCCCGCACUCCCGGGGGGCAUAACUCUGUAAGGCUUAGCCCAACAGCCAGGCAGGAAUAUGAGGCUUACAUGCAGAACCGUAUACGCAUGGCUACACAACAACAGCAGCAGCAACAUAAUAGGAUGCGACCUCCGACAACCAUUAUCGGAGACAACAACCCAUUCAGCGAAGCAUUCCAACAAAGGGAACAAAUUCAACGAUCCUCGUUGCCACCAGGCGUGCAGGGUCCUCCGAGCGGACCCCCAACUCCAGGAGGACCACCCACCCCGUUGCAGCCACAGGGUGCCGCACCCCAACCCCUUAGACCACCCUUCGCCAUGGGGAGCCCUAGUGAUGCAGCUGUUUCCCCAGCACCCAGUAGUGCCCCUGGAAGCACCAGCUCACCUGCCCUACCUGCCAGCACGCCCACACCGCUGGCUGCUCCGCCUGCCCUCAGCACCACACCAGGUCCACCACCCACCCCGACAGGCACACCUUCAUCACCAAUGGGUCAACCACCAAUGACCCCAGGACCACCAGUGCCACAAAAUCAGCCGAUGGCGCCGGCUGUUGGACCAGGCCCACGUGGCCCCGUUGAAGGAAUAGGUGCGAUGCAGUUUUUCAGAGAAAGAAACAUUCCUUUUGAUGGAGCUGCUGGACCAAGGUUCCCAAGGCCUCCUGGACCUGGAAAUUUCACUGAAGCCUCCCCAUCAACUCAAGGACCCCGGUUGCCUCCCUACCCUGGCGGCUCAGCAAUGUUUCCUCAGGGCCCACCCCAUGUACAAGGAAUGGAACACCCUCGAAUGCCCUUCCAACCCAGUAUGCAAUAUCAACAAGCAGGUUCUCAACUGUCAGAAAUUUCUCAAGCCACCCAGCCAGGGGCGAAAGAGAAAAAGAAAAGAAAGAAGAAAAAGAAAUCUGAUGAUAUCGAAGGUGUUCAGUCUCAGCCACUACCACCAUCUAUACCAAACCAGUCCAUGCUAGGUCAAAUGAACAAUCAGUCAGCAACAUCAGCAUCAGGUCCUGGCGUGGGAGUUGCACCAAAGCCAGCAGAACUCCCCAAACCACAGUCUGAAACUGAGAGAAGAAUUUUGGAAAUACUCAACAAUUCUCAGAAGGAGCUCCAGAAUCCUUCCAGCCCCAGCAGUGCCAGGGGAGGCAAGUCCCCACGCAGCAGAAGUCCUGCCCGAGCUCAGCCUGUAAUGACAUCUGAGGUGGAGAAGCUGCAGGUCGCUUCUAUGGUUGGGGUUACGUCAUCGUUGGCCUUGAACAGCACACCCAGUGGUCAGUCUUCAGAUUCUCAUUUGUCUUCGCAGGCAGGUACCCCGUCCACUGCCUCCGAUGCUACGUACACUUUUGGAGGAGAAAAGCAGCGGAUGCCUAUAGAAGGCAAGAAUCUACCGCCUGGGCAACCUCCUGGAGAUAUUCAGAACCCACUUCAGUCUUCUAUCUCACAACCUACAAUCAUGCAACAGAGAAUGCCAGUACACUCGCAGUCCCAUGGAGGUUCAGUCCCUCCCGGAUUCCCUAAUCAACAGCACAUGCAGCAUCUCCAGAACCUGGCUCGUAUGCAGCAGCAGCAACAAUUUCAGCAGCAAUUCCCUGGGGGACCAGAUGGCCAGCGGCAUGCGCUUGACUCCCAACAAAUGCCUCUGGGGGGCCCACGGUACCCACAGCUGCAUCCUUUUCCCCAAAGGCAAAGAUUCCCCCCAGGGACAGUGCAACCACCUCCUCAUCCUUUUCACAACAGGCCACCCCACAUACGAGGUGGCCAGUACCAGCAACAACUCCCCGGACUACCACCCAGGAUACAAGGUGAUCCUCGGAUGCAGGGUAACGAGCCCCACAUGAUACCCUCACACGCCAUGAUGCAACAGCGUAUGCCUUCAGCCUCUCAGGUGAUGCAGCACCAUCUACCUCACCACCCACCUCUGCAACACCCCCCGCAGGGGCUGCAACCAAAUCAGAUUGGUCAAGCUCCUCCCCUGACCCACUUGCCCCCAGCCUACCAGGUACCUUCCAGUGGACAAAACAUGCCCCAGCACAGUCUUCAAUCCAGCACCAUAGCAACGUCAAUGUCCAAUGUUACCCAAACUCCAGUCGUGACAGUUUCAUUAACCACUUCCACAGCAGACACUUCACUUCCAACGACCACAGCACCAGCUUCUUCAGUGGCUUCAUCAAAUCCAUCAGCAACAACAGCAGUUCAAGGCAGCAGUAAUUUACCUCCAACGUCCGCAUCAUCUACAACCCCUGCAGUGACCACACAACCCCAACAGCAGUCGUCCCCUCCCUCAACCAUUCCAGCUGAGGCUAACAGCUCAAGUCAAAAUGUCAGCGCUCAAACUACUAGUGCAGCUACCGCAGUCAUUCCAACUACAAGUGGGGAGACCAGUAAAGACAAUCAAGAUGGCACUGCCAAAAAGGUGUGUGAUGAUGGUAUACAUUGUGGCACAGACGAUGAGGAGGAAAGUUCAGGUGCUAAGAAGAAAGUUUGUGAUGAUGGUAUUCAUUGUGGUACUGAUGAUGAGGAGGAAAGUGCAGGUGCUAAGAAGAAAGUUUGUGAUGAUGGUAUUCAUUGUGGUACUGAUGAUGAGGAGGAAAGUGCAACUAAAAAGAAAGUUUGUGAUGAUGGUAUUCAUUGUGGUACUGACGAUGAGGAGGAAAGUGCAACUAAAAAGAAAGUUUGUGAUGAUGGUAUUCAUUGUGGUACUGACGAUGAGGAGGAAAGUGCAGGUGCUAAGAAGAAAGUUUGUGAUGAUGGUAUUCAUUGUGGCACUGACGAUGAGGAGGAAAGUGCAUGUGCUAAGAAAAAAGUUUGUGAUGAUGGUAUUCAUUGUGGUACUGACGAUGAGGAGGAAAGUGCAGGUGCUAAGAAGAAAGUUUGUGAUGAUGGUAUUCAUUGUGGCACUGACGAUGAGGAGGAAAGUGCAUGUGCUAAGAAAAAAGUUUGUGAUGAUGGUAUUCAUUGUGGUACUGAUGAUGAGGAGGAAAGUGCAGGUGCUAAGAAAAAGGUUUGUGAUGAUGGUAUUCAUUGUGGGACUGACGAUGAGGAAGAAAGCAUAGCUUGUAAGAAGAAAGUUUGUGAUGAUGGCAUUCAUUGUGGCACUGACGAUGAGGAGGAAAGUGCAGGUACUAAGAAGAAAGUUUGUGAUGAUGGUAUUCAUUGUGGCACUGACGAUGAGGAGGAAAGUGCAAGUGCUAAGAAGAAGAAAGUUUGUGAUGAUGGUAUUCAUUGUGGGACUGACGAUGAGGAAGAAAGCAUAGCUUGUAAGAAGAAAGUUUGUGAUGAUGGCAUUCAUUGUGGUACUGACGAUGAAGAGGAAAGUGCAACUAAAAAGAAAGUUUGUGAUGAUGGUAUUCAUUGUGGUACUGACGAUGAGGAGGAAAGUGCAGGUACUAAGAAGAAAGUUUGUGAUGAUGGUAUUCAUUGUGGUACUGACGAUGAGGAGGAAAGUGCAGGUGCUAAAAAGAAAGUUUGUGAUGAUGGUAUUCAUUGUGGCACUGAUGAUGAGGAGGAAAGUGCAAGUGCUAAGAAGAAGAAAGUUUGUGAUGAUGGCAUUCAUUGUGGCACUGAUGAUGAAGAGGAAAGUGCAAGUGCUAAGAAGAAGAAAGUUUGUGAUGAUGGCAUUCAUUGUGGUACUGACGAUGAAGAGGAAAGUGCAGGUGCUAAGAAAAAAGUUUGUGAUGAUGGCAUUCAUUGUGGCACUGACGAUGAAGAUGAUAAAAGUGCCCCCAUUAAAGAAAUCGAAGAGUUGUCAAACGCACAUUCUGAUUCUUCAGCUAAAGCUAAAGACCCAACCCCUCAUCAAAAUGACAAACACCAAAGCAUGGAAGUAGAUGAGCAAGACACCCCUCAAUCAAAAUACACAUCUUUAAACCAGGACUUCCAGCCUACAGUAUCUCUACAGUUAGAAAGCUCUUACAACAGCUUACUUAGCAAAUCUUCUGAAGUUGCAAUGGAUACAAGCGAUCCUGGUACUUCAGCAUCUUUUGCCACACCAGAGAAGUCAACAAAUGCCUCCAGCCUGAACCUGGUCUCUCCAAUACACUCACAAAUAUCCUCUCAGCUUGCUGUGGUGUCCAGGUCUCUCGCAAACUUUAACCCUGCCAUAAGUUCUGACACAUCCGAGCCUCUGUCUGUUCCCGUCAGACCUUCAGAAACAUUGACAGCAUUUUCUUUAUCCGGGCCACUGUCCUCGCAUCCUUCACUGACAGAGGAAUCAGGACUGGCCUCGCAAGAUAGUUCGACGGAAAUAAGAUGCAGUGCCACAAAGAAUGAAAUAGAUAAUCAAACCAGCAGUGACCCUAUCCAUCAAGUCGUGACCGUGACCUUGCAGUCGGAGAACUCCCAAGACAAGGAAUGUGAUAAUGAGGUUUCACUCAGUCAGCUUGCAGCUGGAGGUAACUCUGAGUCUGUUGUAAAACUUGGAGGCCAAACCCAGGCUUCUAACCCUGUACAUGUUUCUACUUCACAAGUAAGUGAGCCGUCAAAGUCUAAUAUAAAAACUUUAUCCACAACACUGCCUAAUGUGCCAUCCACGAAUGCCCAUAUCAAUUCUAGUCAGCAUGAGCUUAUUGGUUCAGCAACAUAUUCAACAUCCACAAAUCCACCUUCAGUUUCAACAUUCACUUCCAAAGCACCGUCAAACACAGCACUGCCAAACCAGAAUGUUAAAUCCGCCCAGCAUUUGAACGCUCCUGAAACGAACACUGUUUUACCGACUAUCAUUAGUAGUCCUUCUAGUGGAUCCCGGAGUACAUCCAGUGAGUCUCGGCCUGUUAUUCCUCCACUGCGUAUUCGCAUGGACGGACAGUCACAGCACCAAGUGUAUGAAAGCACACCUAACCCUAGCAGGGAUUACAGAAAUAAACCUGAAGGAGAUUUGAAGCUAAUCCUCAGAAAAUCAGCCAAUGGGACAGCUGAGCUGAUUUACAGGGAGAAAAAGCGCCCAUCAGAAUCAUACACGUCUUCGUCUCCCGCCUCUGCUGUAAAUAGUCCAUCAUCUGCAUCCACCAUUACUUCCACGGUCACUCCCUCGACUAUGUACAGUGUCAAAACGCUGGAUUUGAAUGCCACUCCACCAACUGUCAUGUCGUUUCAUAGCAGUGUCCCCUCAACACUGUCUCACUCAAGCUCCCCCCACCCCAGCAUCUCAAUGACCCCCCCAGCCUUGUCAACUGCCUCAUCCCCUGCACCGAUGUCAACAAACCCACACACUCCAUCCUCUGGUCCGGCCACACCAACCACUGAGCCAUUCAGUUCCAAGCCUGGAUCCACACUGUUUAAGAAUGUUACCUACACUAAAUCACCUGAUACUGACAUUGUGAAAAUAAAUGUUGGGUCAAGCAAAAAUACAGGAGAAGGAACAAGAAAGGUUAUCCGCUCAUACACGACCGACAUCCAAGCUCUCGAGAGGCUGCAGUCAACCAUUGACGCUGUGGCCUCAGGUGAAUCAUCUUUUGAGCCAGAUGCUGACUCUGAGCCACCAUCUCGGCCUAGUAGCCAGGACAGCAGAAGUAAUUCAACGCCAAGACCUCCAUCUGUCUCUUCAGUUCCUCCUAUUAUAUCUACAGCAGCUGAUGGAAGUGGUUACCAAGGAAACUCUUUCUAUUCAGCACCAAAUAUUAACCUCGGGAUGGGCAUGUCCCCGCAACACCAGAUGCAGCAACAGAUGGGAAAAGGGAUGCUACAGCAGCAGCAACAACAGCAACGUCCGCAAAUGCAGCAGCAUCCACAACAGCACCAACAACAAAUGCAACAACAGCAGCAACAUCAGCAUUCUCAGCAACAGCAACAUUCCCAGCAGAUGCAGCAACAACAACAGCAACAGCACCCACAGAUGCAGCAACAACAGCAUCCACAGAUGCAGCAGCAGCAUCCACAAAUGCAACAACAACAUCAGCACCAGCAGCAAAUGCAACAUCAGCAGCACCCCCAGCAAAUGCAGCAGCAACAGAACAACGCCUAUUUGUCACAAGCCCAGUCUGGGUUCUCCCCCCACCAGCAGUACCCACCUCCUCGUAUGACACGCCCACCCCUGGACCUCCUACAGCAAGUGUCCCAGUCCGCCCUGUCCUCCGCUGGCACGGCUAUACCAACAUCAAGUCACCAGCCACCCCAGGAGCAGAGAUCACCGUACAUGACUGAGAGAUCCCCAUCAGGUUCUUCUGAGCACAGUCCUCUACACACGUCUCCACAUCAGCCUUAUCCUGAUUUCUCUUUUCCAGGCAUGAUGGGUCCUAGACCCAUGGGGUCAUCACCUGGUGUUUCACCAAAAACUCCCACUGGCCAGCCACAACAGUACAUGCCCAUCUCUGGACCACCACCACAACAGUUCAUGCAAGGGGGACGAUUCCCACCCAGAAUGCAUCACGACAUGUCAGCAGCCCCUCCGUACGGCAUGGCCCCACACCCUAUGUCUCCAACAGGCGGUGGCAUGCAUCGCCAGCGGCCUCCUCAUUUCGGCAUGGUUGGGGACAUGAGUAGAAUGCCUCGCCCACCUAGGGGAAUGCCCCAGCACAGACCAAUGCCCCCAGAGAUGAUGAGCCCCGAACAUGGAAUGCGCCCAGGCAUGCCACGUCAUCAGUUCAUGUCACCAACGCACCCUGGCAUGCAAGACAUGCCGCCAACCUCACACGGGAUGUCAAUGCCGUCACACGCCAUGGCGGUCGCACCCCACGGGAUGCCCCAGUCACCGCACGGGAUGCAGACUUCACCCCAUCCAAUGCAGCAGAACUCCCCACACGGCAUACAGCGUCCGCAGCUGAUGGGUCAGCAUCAUUCAAUGAUGCAGGGUGGCCCGCCUUCUCCGUACCCACAGUCCUCAAUGAGUGCUGGUGGUGGACCUUUAGCCUCCCUGCAGAAUUUCCACCCCCCAGGGCACCCUGUCAACACAAGCAUGGGCUCCCCAAUGCCGAACCAACAUCACCAGAGGCCCAUGUUCCACCAGAUGAUGUCUGACCCACGUAUGGCAGCCCAGCUGCGUAUGAUGACCGGGGAUAACCGGCACAUGGCUCCACACUAUCGCCAGAUGAUGAUGAGGGGGAUGGUGUCCCAAGGCUCCAACCCACCCUCACAGAUGUCUUCCCCACAAAUGUCACCACACUUGUCGCCGCAGAUGUCACCCAACAUGCCAACACAGCCCCUACGCCACCUGGACAACAUACCAGAUGAUAAAAGCUUUGUUAACUCCCUUGCUUCUAGUGGCUCAAUGGGUCUGUCUGGUAUGGGAGAUCCCAUGAUGGCAAUGGGAGGCAAGCAAAGACCUCAGUUCAACCCAGGCAUGAUGUCAGGUGACCCAAGCGGGUUCAUGGCUAUCCACCCAACACCCCACAUGAUGGGCAGUGGUGAGCCAGGCUCUAUGAUGUCCACAUCAGGGUUAACCUCACCUAUGUCAGACUCCUGCAUGAGCAGCCAUGUCAAGCUUGAACCAAGUGAGGACUCUGUGUCAGCUGAUGGCUCCCUUUCACGUGAUGAUCUUGACCUCGACCCUAAAGCAACUCACAACGAGCUGUUAAAACAGCUGCUUGGAACUGGACAUGGGGGUCGACAACUUCCAACCCCUGAUAGUGAAGACAGUCUGCCAUCACUGACCCCAGAGCAACAAAGACAACUGGAGAUGAUUGACUCCAUGCCACUUUGUAAAGAGACUGAAAUAUCAACUCCAGAAUGGGAAGCAAAAACACAAGAGGAAAAAGAAAAGAUUUUAGAGAUGAAGAGGCAAGAGUAUGAACAAAGACGUCAAGAAUACGAAGUCUCUCGCAAAAACAAACGCAAGACAAUUGGUGGGGCAUUACCUCCUACUGAGAAAAAGAAACGCAAACAAAAACCAGGGGGGGAUCUUGGAGUGGAGAUCCCCAGGAAGAGAAGCAAAAAAGUAAAAUUAAAAGAAAACCAGUUGAAAGAACUUGAAGCUCAAGCAGAAACAUUUUUACACCAGCUUCACAACAUGCCUCCAAUCCAGCUACAGGAGCCUGUCAUUGCCACAUCUAUGUCCAUUUUACCUGUCAAAGGUGCUUCAACUCUAACAGGUACAUCAUCAUUAAAAGGCCGCUUCUGUAGCGCUUACAUUGAUGGUAUUGAGGAUCUAUACGGCAGCCUGUUGUUCCCUCAACCACCCCCUGGACUCCGAGCAACUGUCCCAUCAGCUGAGGUGCUGGCUCAAAGGCAACUGGCCAAUGAAUCAAACAAGCUCCGGAUGAUACCAGGCAUUGAUGCACUUCAAAUGUUAAAAGUAAAAGAAGGAGCAAUCACAGGACAAAGACCUGGACCACGUACAAGUCCGAGGCUCGUAUUGCCUCCUCAGCCACGUAUAGAGAUAAAAUCAGAACAAAUGAGAGACAGGAAAGAAGAAAGGGAGACACCAGAUACCAUAGUCUCGUCAUCGUCACCAGAAUUUGGUUUCAAUGAACAGGAGCCAGAAUAUCCAGGUCUACGCCCCAUAGAUCCUGCAGCAAACGACAUAAAACUGGAGGACACCACCUCGCCUGUGGUACCUCUUGUCCAUCCACUGGCUGUCAAACCUGCCAUGUCUUCAAACAAAGACCAGCAAUUGAUGGAGAGUGUCAUAAAACAUGAAUUUGGGUUGAUGAAGCAGGACAACAGUGACCUUGACAUGGGCAUGGCUGGGCCCUCUGCAGGAAUGGACCAGGCAAGCCGUGACCUGACAGUCAAUCUACCCAACCUGACCUCCGGGCUGGCUCAGCCUUUCCUGGAUCCAGCAUUAGAUCAGCAGGUCUCUGUUACAUUAACCUUGUCUACUGGGGCUGCACAAGACAUAGGGGCAGUAAUCUCAGCCAUAGCUGACUUGCUUAAGAUCGCAGUGCCCCCUACUUAUGAAAUAACGCGAAGUCCCUCCCCGGAAAUGUUUAGGAUGUCACUUACUCACAAAGAAGAAGCAGUGAACAUUCACACACUGAUGUCAACUAGGCCUAGAUUCUGUCAACACUGUGAUGUGUUUGUUCUUUGCUCUGGCAUUGCUAAAUAUAAACGGGAAUUUUCCAUUUUGGUAGAACAAGAUCCUGACUGCGGUGAUGAGGAAAUGAUCUUCUGCUCCAUGAACUGUUCCAUGCAGUUUUCAGCAGCACUGGAGGCCAGGCAGAGACAGAACCAGCUUCGUCUCAAAGAGCUGGAGUCAGCUCCCCCUCAGAGCCCAACUCCAAUAAAAAUGGAGAUUUCCACAGGGGGCAUGACCCCAAGCAGUGCGACAGUGGCUUCCAAUGUUGAUGAGAUCAUAGCAGCCGUUGCUGCUGACACACCCUUGUCACCUGCAGACCCCGAGACACCUGGAGAUAUGUCUGGCAGUCCGGGCACACCUUCUACCACUCCGACGUCACCCUUCCCAUCAGCUAGUCCAGCUGCAUUUAAAGCUGCCAAACGCCAUCGCAGAUCAAGCAGCCAAAUUUCAGAUUCUGCUUUCCAAAAACCGCUGAUUAAAAAAUGGCGAGGCUUGAGGUGGAAGAAAGGCAACCAGGAUUUGUUGGACAGUAUAACAAAACUCCCAUCCACUCCAACAUAUGAACUUGACAAAUUCUGGCAGUCUUUAGGGAUGAUCCAUCAUCCAAAGCCAGAUGUCACUGACUCACGGAAAUGUGUGUUCUGCCAAAACCCUGGUGAUGGUGAAAGUGAUGGACCCAGCAGGCUUCUCAAUAUGGAUGUAAAUAAAUGGGUUCAUUUGAACUGCGCACUCUGGUCAUAUGAUGUCUAUGAAACUUUGAAUGGAGCCCUGAUGAAUGUUGAGUUAGCCUUUCAACGAAGUGGAAACAGCGAAUGUGUAGCAUGCCGCAAGACUGGAGCUACACUGGCAUGUUUUAAGCCUCGCUGUACCAAUGCAUACCACCUACCAUGUGCACGAUCAAAGGGAUGUAUGUUUUAUCUGGAUAAGACCCUGCUCUGCCCCAAUCAUAUUCCAAAAUUGGCUAUUGGAAAUGAAAUGAGUAGCUUGGUUGUGUUAAGAAGGGUGUACAUAAACAGAGAUGAAGACAGACAAGUUGCCAGCAUGUUCCACCAAGAAGAUGGCCACUGCAGUCUACGUAUCGGUUCUCUCAUCCUGCACAGCAUUGGUCAGCUCUUACCUCAUCAGAUACUAUGUGGAAAAUUCAACACAAAAGAUUACAUCUACCCAGUUGGAUUUCGUACUAGUCGCUUCUACUGGAGUUAUUACUCCCUGUACAGAAGAAGCCGCUACAUAUGCAGUAUUCAUGAUAAUGAAGGGGAGCCUGAGUUCAGGAUACAAAUUGUAGACAGCAACCACGAGGAGCUCUUGUUUAAAGACACUAGCCCUGCAGCUGUGUGGAUGCACAUUCUGCGGCCAUUGGAACGAAUGAGAAAAGAAGCUGACCUAGUUAAAAUGUUCCCGUCUUUUAAAGCAGCAGAGGAGUUGUUCGGAUUGACGGAUCCAAAUGUUGUCAAAGUUUUAGAAUCGCUGCCUGGGACAGAUUUAUUGCAAAAUUACAAUUUCAAAUAUGGCCGCUCCCCGCUGAUUGAAAUGCCCCCUGCUAUAAAUCCAACUGGAUGUGCUCGUGCAGAACCCAAGCUCAGAACUCAUUUUAGAAGGCCCCAUACUCUGCAGUCAACAAACUCUCGCUCCUUGCCCUCCACUGUGACCGGGGUAACUGGAGAUGUCAAUUCUCCUUACCUGAAGCAGUUUGUUCACUCAAAGUUUCAGCAGUACAGAAAGUUAAAGACUGACUGGAAGUCCCUUGUCUAUCUGGGCAGGUCUCGAAUUCAGGGUCUGGGUUUGUAUGCUGCCAGAGAUUUGGAGAAACAUACCAUGGUGAUUGAAUACAUUGGAGAUCUUAUCCGUAAUGAAGUUGCCAACAGAAGAGAGAAAGAAUAUGAAUCACAGAACCGAGGUGUCUACAUGUUCCGUAUUGACAAUGAUGUGGUGAUUGACGCAACCAUGGCAGGUGGCCCUGCUCGUUAUAUAAACCACUCCUGCAAUCCCAACUGUGUGGCAGAGGUUGUUGAUAUUGAAAAAGAUAGCAAAAUUAUCAUCAUCACUAGUAGGAAAAUUGUCAAAGGGGAAGAGCUGACAUAUGACUACAAAUUUGACUUUGAGGAUGACCAACACAAAAUACCUUGUAUGUGUGGUGCAACUAAUUGCCGAAAAUGGAUGAACUAAAGACAAUACAAAUUUUCAGUUUGUACAAUAGAAUCGCUGAAAUUUGGACAUCUAAUAAUUCAACCAUAGCCAACUACACGCCAGUACGAAGUAUUAAUACAGAAAGAUUUCUAAAGUGAAUUUCAAAUUAAAACAUGUUAACAUGGUUCAAAGCUGGAAUAACUCACAAAAAGCUGGGAUGACUCACAAAUAUUCUACCAGAGCUUUAAGACUGUGAUCAUGACUCUCUGCACAUAAAACAAAGAGACGAGGCACUCAGUAACAUUGUUAGAGACAAGAGAAACUGUGUGAUUGGAUUUUGGUGAUACAUUAAAUAUCAGGAAGUUGGUGAAACAUCACUACACAGCAAUCACUCUCAAAGUGACUAACUGUAGAUUUAUUGUGAUAACACAUCUUUAGAUUGACUUUAGCUGAUGAGGCAUUCAUUCAAUGAUUCACUUGAUUAAUUAAUUUAUUACAAAAAUUUAGUAACAUUCUGAAAAAUCUUAAAUUUAUUGCAAACCUGUUUAAAUUAAAUACAUUUUUAAGUUUAUAUUCUCCCAAUUGUGCCACAUUUAAGAAGUAACAAAAGUUGAUCAGUAAAAUUUUAAAAAGGCUCGAAGACCAAAUACAUAGAAAUAUAUUACCUCGUUACAAAAUACUUUUCAAACUUUUAUAAAAUAGUAACUUCAAAAAGUCCUGUUUUUAAAAAGGCUAAGAGUGUACAAUAUGAAAAGGAUAAUCAUUAACAAAUUUUACUAGUUAUGCAAUAUUAGUACAUGUUUUGUGUUAUUUUAUUUUGUAAAAAAAAGCUUAGAUGUAAAUAUAAAACUAACACAAAUUAAACUGCAUUAUUCAAAGGUGAUCGCUAUAAAAACCUGUACAAAAUAUAUGUUGUUUCUUGUAUUGAUUUAUAUAUCUCAACUGUUUAAGUUGACAAACCUUUUGUAUUCUCAGAAUGUCUGUUUCACUUUAUAUAUCAAGGUCUGAGACAUGAAAAAUUUGACACAUACAUUUCACACAAACAUUCUAGUAAACAUAAAACAAAAUUCUAGUUCAUGAUACAGAUUUUGUCCUACAAUUUAUUGUUUUUAAACAGUGACAUUGUUCCUUUUUAAAUUGCAACAACUCAUUUUUUGUAAAUAAUUUUUGGAUAAAUACCAAAAGCUUUAUAUUAUAUUUUGUAGUUCAUGUUUUUUAUUGUUUAUAAACAUUAUUUGUUAAAGGGCUGGGAAUAUGGAAUUCAUGUGAAAUAUGGUUGUAAAAAAUGUAUUGUUUUUGACCGUACAUACAAUUUGAUAUUUUUGUUCAAUAUCAUCUAAAACCUAUACAACUGUUUUCUUUCAUUUCAUUAUUGAUGCAAUGUUAACAAAUGAAUUCAAGUCUUAAAUUAAAUUAUAGUUCCCAUGUGUAUGUUUUUGUCAUUUAAAAUAAUUUAACACAAAUUUAAAUUUACUUCAGUUUUUUUUUUUGUGUAAAAUAAAUUAUUCUUUUUAACAACAUAUGGGUAUAAAAAUGAAAUGUGUACAGUAAUUAGUACUUUAAAAUUAAUUUUUUUUUUAAAUACUGUAGAAUCUUAAUAUAAUAUGAUUUAUUAUUAUGAAGCAUCUACUGUGAGCGUUUCAUCAUACCGUGUUAAAAAUAUAUGUUCAUUGUUGAUCAAUGUGAGAUCAAAUACAUUAUGACCUUUUUUUCAACAAUACUUUGUUGUACAAACUGUAAAAAAAUAAACUUUUCCACAUAUAUUUUUACACUGUUAAAAUUUAUCAUUUUUACCAUUAUAGAUAUAUAUACAUUUGAUCAUGUUAUUGAAAUUAGGUUUUAAGUUGUGUAUGUAUUUUAUUUUCUAAAUAUUACUCUAUGACUUGCAAAUAUCUAGGCAAAUGUAGGAAAUGUUUAUAGUAUUUUUUACAAUUGUUGUCAGUUUGCAAAUAGUACAGUAAUAAUGAUUAAGUUUUAAAAGCAAUAACAAAAACUAAUUUUUUGCCAGUUGAGCACUAAAAUGCUUUCAGUCUUCUGUACAAUUUUAAAAAAUCAAGUUUUUUUUUUUUUCAAUUGAUGAUCAUUUUCAUCACCCUGCACUCUUAAAACUUGCUGAUGGUUCACUCGUCAUAUUUCAAAUGUUGUUCUGAAAGCACAUGAAAAGUUGUGUUCCCCUUUUUUUUUAAAACUAUUCCUGUUCAGAUAUUUUUAAACAUUUCUUACAUGAAAAUAAAUGACUUUAAAAACUGUCUCAUGCAUCAUUGUUUCUAGAUCUUAUCCCCAUUUAAAGUUAGAUUUUUUAAAAGUCUGAAGUCAAGUUUGCUUUUGGUUUAAGAAUAUUUAUAAAAUUAUUAUAUGAAAUGUUGACAUACACGUAGGUUUUUUUUUACAUGUCUAUGUAUAUGGUAGUGUAAGCUAGUCAGCAGUGUUUGUGAUCAGUCAGAUCAUAUUUUGCUGAAAUAGUGACAAAGUAAAAUAAUUAUAGUUUCAGAUCUUAUGAAAAUGUUAAAAAGUUGAAUCAUAAUGGCAGCAAUUUGUGUAUUCUUUCCAUAAUUUAUUUAUUAUAGUCUCAUGUAUUUUAUUUUCCAAUUUUCUUGCUCUCUGUAAAUUCUGCAUCAUAAAACAAAUAGCUAUUAACUAGUGCAUGAUUCUGAUAACUAUAUAUUCAUCAUUUGUAUUUAUAUAAAUGAAAAUAUAUAAAUAUUUUUAAAAACUGAUACGUAGAAACACAUAAUAAGCUGCCCUAUAAAGUCUCGACCACAACGCCAAUAAAUCAACU